CUCUGCCCUGGUGAUAUUUGUGAGCAGCAGAGUGGAGCUAAACUUAGCUCUGACAGUACCACUCCUCAUCACAACAUACUCUGCAGAGCACAGUGGGUUACAAUGGAUGGUGUCGCAUUACCACAGAUGCUGCUGUAUCUCAGCAGUGACGCUGGCCAAACAAGAUGUAGACUUAAAGACUCUGCAGGUUUUUCUGUCUUUCACUCUCUCCGCUUGUAUUCCUCUCUGUCACGAUGGGCAACUAUAGCUCAGCCCUCAUUCCUGACACUGAAGAGUUUGACUCAAUUGUGUCGAUCGCGGAGAAGCUGAAUGAGCAGGUAGCUCAUGUUGCAGAUGAGAGGUUACAGUCAGAGCUUCAGAGUCUGGUAACACUCAUGAUGGAGGAGGAGAGGAAAGAAAACCAGAGCGAAGAGCUGGAUUCUUCAACACUUCAAGAAAACACUCAGAAAACAAGCCAAAAUGGUUCUGCUCUGCCUGUAGCAGCAUCCAAAAGUGUGCCCACAAAGUCCUUCACCUCCCUGUUACCAAAGGCUCUCUCUGCUGUACUUCAUCCGACUCUGGCCCCUGGUCCCAACUCUGACCCGCAGGCGAACAGGAAUCCACCUAACCUGGAACAACUGCAGACAGAGCUGAAAGAGCUGAAGGGGCAGUUUGAAGUGAUGAAGUGUCAGCACAACAAAGAAAUUAAACUGCUGAUGAGCGAGCUUGAUGAGGAAAAAAGGAUUCGCUUGACUUUACAGAUGGAGAUUCAACGAAUGAAGAAGCGCAUGUCUAAAUGAGUGGAGAACUUCAGCAUCUUCACAGACAAGUUUUAAAGGUCCUGUUGCACACUUAUAUAUAUAAAAAAAUCACCCUGGCUUUUGUUGUAUUUUUUGGAAAAACAUUUCACUUUAGUUUGUUGGAGUGGCAAAGGAGCCGGCCUAAAGGAAUGAAUGUUUUUAUUGAGUACUUGCUCAAAGUGCACAGGUGAGGCACAGUGGUAGCAGACUUCAGGUUGACUGCUCCUCCUUGGAAACGAGCAGUGGAUCUCGAUGAGCUCAGUUUUUCUUUUUCUUUUUUUCCUGUGGAUGGACUCUUAAUGACUUUGGCAUCUUCGGCAUUCUGUUUUGGGAGAAUAUUUUUUAAAGUGUCGAGGUGUGUUGAAGAUCAUCACUUAAGAAAUGCUUUUUAAUCACUUUUUCCUUUAUCCGACCGCGUGGAAAACAUUUGACAGUAAGAGAAGAGGACAUGAAAACGAGAGCCAGCA